AUGAGGAACUGGACAGAUGACGUUUCUACAGAAAUGAAAAUUGGAGGAAAAAUACAUGGAUUUACGAUUUCUGCCGUCAUCAUUUUACUGAAUCUUCCGGCAGCUGCACUAAGUAUAGUACCACAAUUUAGAGGGAAAAUUCGGAAGUCGUUAUAUAUUGUUAGUAUUGGGAUAACGGAUGUUCUGGUUGGGGUUUCCUCGUUUGUGAUGACAGAUUUGUACGAAAAUGUCCGAGUAGAAAGUUACGUGACCUGCAGACUAAAGUUUGUUCUGUUUAAUACUGCUUUCAUUGCAUCCAUGGUCCACAUUCUAGCUAUAUCAUUGCAACGACUAUACAUCAUGCAUAAAAUGUCUAAAUCUGUUGACAUUGGAUCAAAACAAUGGCAUAUCAUAAUUGCAUCGUGGGUUAUUUCCUUAGUAAGCAAUGGAAUAGUUUUAAUUUGGAGUAAAAGAGAAGACGUGGACACUGUAUGCAGGUACUACACGGGCAACGAUGAACAAAAAGAUUCGCUAUAUUCCGGUAUUGUACUGAUUUUUAUUAUUAUUGCCAAUCUGGCAACAAUUGUUGCAAUAUUGGUAAAAAUAGGCAUUUAUGCGAGAAGUUAUCCAAACUCUACUAUUUCAAAAAGUAGCAUUCGUAUGAUAGUUAAUCUAUUGAUAAUAACUGUUAUGUACAUAGUAUGUGUAGUACCAUUAGCAUGUGUUCAACUUUACAGUUAUAGCUAUCCGAGUUUUAGGUCAAAUCGACCAUACGCUUUUGCCUUCGCAAUGCUUAAUUCUAUCUGUAAUCCAAUAGUUUAUAUCAUCAAACUAAAGGAGUACCGAAGCGUACUGGUAGAAUGUCUCAAAUUCAUUGCAGGAAAAAUGUGCGGUGGAUGUGGGUCUAAGAUUCAUGUCGAUAACCCAAGAAACACGCAGAAUGGCGUAGGGAAUCAGGACAAUCCCCCGGUAGGUCAUAAUACGGAAGAAAAUCCAAAUCUAAGUGUAACUGCAGAAGCGUUUACAUCUAUCUAUAAAGGAGAAAACUCUUCAGAACAUAGCGAUACCAAACAACCAGAAGUCGAGACAGAGAACGAUCAGAAUGUUUGUAAUACAAGAUUUAUAUACGUUGUAGAAGUGGAUCCUCGGAACUCGGUUAUGUAA